UCCCGAGACUGACCACCAUGCCUGAUCCCUCCAAGUCGGCUCCGGCCCCCAAGAAGGGGUCCAAGAAGGCAGUCACCAAGGCGCAGAAGAAGGACGGCAAGAAGCGCAAGCGCGGCCGCAAGGAGAGCUACUCCAUCUACGUGUACAAGGUGCUGAAGCAGGUGCACCCCGACACCGGCAUCUCGUCCAAGGCUAUGGGCAUCAUGAACUCGUUCGUGAACGACAUCUUCGAGCGCAUCGCCGGCGAGGCCUCGCGCCUGGCGCACUACAACAAGCGCUCGACCAUCACGUCGCGCGAGGUGCAGACGGCCGUGCGCCUGCUGCUGCCCGGGGAGCUGGCCAAGCACGCCGUGUCCGAGGGCACCAAGGCCGUCACCAAGUACACCAGCUCCAAGUGAGGCGGCGCCGCCCCAACGGCUCUUUUCAGAGCCACCUCCAAGCUCAGAAAGGAGCGUGC